UAAAAUAUGAUACGCUUCCUAAAAAUAGUUUUAUUUUUUUUUUAACCUUUUUAGAAGUGAAAUUAUCUUUUUUUUUUACCCUUGAUUACAAAUACAUCCUUAUCAAAUUUUUAUAAAUGAUUUUCAAAUUACUUAAAAAAUGAGUUUCAGCAAUUUGGCUAAAGUGAGUUUUAAAUUAUUGCAUCACUUUGUUAUGUGUGGAGAGGAAGAUAAGAUAGAGGAGGAGUGGAGGACUAGUCCUCUAUCCUUGUGUCCAAGACGAUGCCACGUGUCGCAAUCCUGUGACUACGAUGUUCCUUCCGUCCAACAGUAUGGGAAAGGUCCCACCGGCGUCACAAUUUUCCCCAUAGGUGACCUCUCACCAGAAAUAUCAAUACCAAUUGACGGAACUACCCUCAACAAAUCAUUGAAUUACGUCCAAUUCCCGAGUCCCAAAUUUGUGAAGAACGAAGAAAGAGUAGCAUUAUUGAUAUGUGUGCCACGCCAAUGGAAGAAGUGUGGUCAAAAGGGUCACUCUUUCUCUGGUCCACAUGGAGAGGGCACUUUGGGAAAUUCACAUGUCAGUUGUUUGGACAAAUAAAGGUCAAAACUUUGUUUGCAAUAUGGGACUUUUCUCCACAGUAAUUUCAUUCCAUCCACUUACGUCGCUACUCAAAGCAUUAUGAAUAUAUGGGCUCUCAGAAGGAGCAGAGAAGGGGAAGAAAAAAAAAGGAAAAAAAAAAAAAAAGAAAAAAGAAGAAAGAAAGAAAAAGGAAGAACAAGAAGAAAGAACCAGAAAAAAGAGGAAGCUAACUGUCAUUUUUUCCCCUUUGUGUUACAGAUACUGUGAUCCUCAGUCCUCACAAGAUUCACACAUUCAUUUUUGAAAGUUUCUACAACAUUGCAUAUUGAAG